UGACAAAGGGACAGAAGAACACAGAUCAUGAAUCUUGACAGUGAUCAAACAUGGGACAGUCACUAAAUCACAACAUUGCCCAUUGCAGAAAAACAUCUACAUUGUUUGUGCUAUCCAGCACAGCUCUUGCGAACCGAAAUUCAAAUACUGAAGACUGACACUGAUACCAGGUAAGGGAAUACGCAGCACAUUUACAUUCCUGCACCUGCCCUGCUCUGAACAGGAGCAGCACCAAAAUCCCAGCCUUCUUCCCUGCUCUAUAAAGCUCCCUCACAUGACACUCAUAGAACAGCAGUUGCUAACCUGCGUUAAGCAUUGGUGCAACAACCUACUCUUCCAGCGGAGUGUCACCAUCCAUCUUGGAGGAUGAAUUUGUGCUACUCUCAAGAAGAAUUCAAUGUCACUUCAUAUGAUACCCUGGCUAUUGUCAUCAUCACAUUUCAGGCAUUUGCUGGCACGUGGAUAAAUGCUUUCAUCAUUUCUGUGAUUUGUGUUUCUUGGGUCAAAAAGAAAAGCUUUAACUCUAAUGAGAAGGUCUUGUUGUUUCUAGGAUGCUCCAGGUUUGCAUAUUUGAUCGUCACAUGGGUGUAUUGCCUUCUCGCAAUACUUUAUCCCACAUACUUUUAUGUUCACCCCAUACCGCAAGUAGUUGUAGCUGUUCAAAGCUUUUUAAACUCUUCCAACUUGUGGGUUUCUGCCUGUCUGUGUGUUUUUUAUUGCGUAAAAGUUGCCAAUUUCAGGUACACCUUCUUCCUGUACCUGAAAGUGAAAAUUGACAGGAUUGUGCCAUGGCUGUUGCUGGCUUCAGUGCUUUUAUCUCUGGUCAUCUGCAUCACUAUCUACUACGUCACUGAUAAGGCAAAAUGUGUCCAGCCCAAUUCCACUGCCCUAGAAAACUUCUGGAAAAUGGAUGUCAGAAUGAGUGAAGAAUUUUUUCCUGUUUUUCUUAUCAGCGGCUUUGGAUUUGCCACUGCAUUCAUGGCAGUCAUCUUUUCUGUCCUACUCAUCUUUUCUCUCUGGAGACAAAAACGCAAGAUGCAGAACAACUCAAUGAAGGAACUCAACAUGGACACCUAUAUCAAAGCCAUAAAAUCUAUUCUGUCCAUCUUCAUUAUUUACAGCUUUAAUUUUAUAUGUUUGAUCUUGACACUGAUUUAUGCCACAAAGAAGGAAAAUACUGUGUCAUUUCUCAUUUUCAUAUUCCAGUAUGCUUUUCCAUCUCUUCAUUCCCUUACUCUGAUUUUCAGCAAUCCAAAACUGGAAAAUGCACUGCUAAGGACUCUACUCUGUGUGAAGUGCAAGGUUUGCAAGAAGUAGGAACUGUAAUAAAAGCUGAAGCCUAUUAAAAAUGUUGAUAUUUUGCUAUAAAACCCAAGUAAUUUAAUCUCUAAUGCAACUCUCCAGUCAGUGUAGAUGAUACAGAUGUUCUACCUUCACUAUCUAAGUUAAGAAAGCUUCAUUACAAUUCUUUCAAUUAUUCUGAGUUAAAUAAGUUACUAUUAUCAUUUAUACAAUUCUUUGUGUAAGUUAUUGUCAAAGUAAAUCAGACCUGGUACAUGGGCUAGAUGCAAAAGCGGAAUAACACUACUGCAAACCUCCUAAAAAUUUGGUAUCUGCUGAUUGAAACUACUGAACUAAACAUGUUUAUAUCUAUUUGUUGUUUUACAUUUAUUUCUGCUUUCACAGUCCAUAAUAAUAUGAGCUGUAUCACUAUCAUGCAUUGGUUUAUAGCACAAGCGUGAAUAUGUUGAUCACUAUUACUCACCAGAGGUGCCAACUGGCUUUAGC